CUGAACUGGUGAGCAUACCCAUUCGUUAAAUGUAUUGUGGCUGUCGUUCCGUAAACCUCUCUUCGUCCAUCGCGUGCCUCUGCCACCAUCUCGUAUUAAUAAAAACGUAAAUACUGAAUUUCCGGAGUCUAUUCAAGUGCAAUUCUCAAGACAACUGUUCUAAAGAAAUUAUAUUUCAAUCAUGGGUGACGAAGGAUUCGACAUGUGCGAGUAUGUGUGGAACUACGAUUCUAUGCAGCGUCUCAUAUCACUCUUGCGACAAACACAGGCUUACUGCACCGAUAACGAAUGUCUCAAUUUUGCGAGGCUUCCAGGGCCCCAGACUAAUCAGUCAGCCUCUGAUUUUUUAUUCAUGAGCAUUGCUGUGAUAACUAUGCUGUUGCUUUACGUACUGCGACCAAAUUCACUGAGGAAGAAGUCGGAGGAGAAGCCUCAUGCUAAUUCAUCUCGCCGAAAUGAUGAUCCGCCUGCCCCGCCACCACCAGCAAUCAAUUAAUGCCUGCUUGAAAAUGAGAAUCAGCUACUGAAACGAAUUCAAGCGAAUCGAAAACCAAUCCAGCACUUGAAAGGAAAAAAUCUAAAUUGUUAAAUAAUUGACCUGAAAAAAUGACAUAGAAAUGACUGGAUUGAAAAGCAAAAAAGGAGCGAGAAACCAGAAAAAUAUUCAUGAAACCUCGCACAAUCUUCGAAUGAUCGUUUUUCGACAAUACUAGUGCAAUUUCCGCAAUAAAAUUGGAUGAAUUAUUAAUAUAAAUUAUUGAAAAAAGAUGAUUAAGGAAACAAAAACUAUAUUUACCUUUAGUGAAGAGAGAAAUUUCCAAGUGUUCAAAAUGCUUGGUAGUUCCGCAAUCAAUUUUUUUAGAUGCAAUAUUGGAUAUAAAUGUCUAACAUCAAUCAACUAAACGCUAACAACUGUAUAAAUAAAAAAAGGAUAUUGAGAAAUACAUUCCUGGUUUUUCAUACUGAAUAA